CUGUGCCUUCUCACGGUGCGAUCUGAGCGCAUUUGUGUGCAUGUAUAGAAAUCCGUCUCCUUGUGUUUGAGGUCAGUUAAAAGGGGUGAGAUUUCAGUCAAAUAUAUUCCUACGACGCAGAAGGGUCGCCAUGGCGAUGGUGGUUUAGUUUAACCCGACUGGAAGCGGCGCAAGGGUUCGUUUGCAGGAUGCUACCGGAGGUGUCAGCUCUGUUGUUUAUGGUAGAAAACUAUGUGCUCGCUUAUUAGUUCUGUGUUUAGUAACUUCAACGCAAACACAAGUUAGUUUUCAUGAACUGCACUACACCGCUGCUAUCAAAUAGGACAGCUUGAAUUUGCUGUCUGCGUGAGUCGAAGCAGCGGAACAUGCUGAAGAUGUCACCUGUCACAAACAGUGUCGCAGACUGGGAAUGGGACCGGGCCGCCGAGUCGAGCCCAGCUGACGCGGAUUCUGAGCCGGUGUGCGACUGGAGAAAGCUCGGCACCCUGUGUAGCCGAGACGAGGAGGAGCGAGCGGCGGCGCUGGGUGUCCUGUCGCAGACAGUGCUGGCGUGUCUCGACAGGGUCGCGCCGGCCCGACCGGAGAACGGAGCGGUCAAAGACGAGACGCCGCUGUGCGAGAGGGAGAGCCCGGGAGGAGGAGGAGGAGGAGGCGGGAUCGAUACGGCUUUGCUGUUGCUGCUGUUAAGGCUGUCUCGGAACUGCCCCUUCAGUGACAUCAAGGAGAAAACAACGCAGCUUCUCCAAACAGUACAGGAGCGUGGUGUUCAGGUCCCGCGAGCGCUGGGGCGGGGACCCAGCUGCUUCAUCCCCAGAGAGGAGAUGGUGGAGGAGGGCGUGGUGCAGCCGAUCCUGAGGGAGGCCUUCGUGUCGCUGGGCCGCCUCGAUCAUGUCACCAUGGUGAUGGGCCUGCACACGGAGUACCUGGCCUGCUUCCUGCGCACUCAGCACUCCCUGCUGCAGCUGGACGGGCCCCUGCCCUACCCCUGGAGACACUUCAUAGCCAUCAUGGCUGCAGCCCGUCACCAGUGCUCCUACCUGGUCCAGCUGCACACCACGGAAUUCCUGCAGGUGGGGGGGGACCCCCAGUGGCUGGGCGGACUCUCCUGUGCCUCCCAAAAACUGCGGAACCUGAACGAGCUGAACAAGCUGCUGGCACACCGGCCCUGGCUUAUCACCAAGGAGCACAUCGAGGUGCUGUUGAGGCCAGGUAGUGAAGGCUGCUGGUCCCUGGCUGAGCUGAUCCACGCUGUUGUCCUCCUCACUCACUAUCACUCGCUCUCCUCCUUCGUGUUCGGCUGUGGAGUCAACCCUGAGCCUGACCACGAGGGGGGCCACGCCUUCCGGCCACCAUCCCCCUGCCCGACCAACAGCCCCAGGGGUGAGGAGGGGGGCAGCGUGCCCAGGGCAGAGGCCCUUUGCGAGGUGGAGGCUCUCAUGAGGAAGAUGAAGCUGCUGCAGGAGCAGGAGGAGGAGGCGAGCCAGGAGGAGAUGGCAGUGCGCUUCGAGAGAGAGAAGAGAGAGAGCCUGCUGGUCACUCCUACUGAUGACAGCAAGAGGCUUCCCCCCACCAGCGUUUCCCGCUUCGUGGAGGACCCUGAUUUCGGGUACGAGGAUUUCACCCGUCGAGGGGAGCAGACGCCCCCUACCUUCCGAGCACAGGAUUACUCGUGGGAGGAUCACGGCUACUCCCUGAUGAACCGGCUCUACCCAGACGUAGGGCAGCUGCUGGAUGAGAAGUUCCAGACCGUCUACAACCUCACCUACAACACCAUGGCCAUGCACAGCGGGGUGGACACGAAAAUGCUGCGCAAGGCUGUGUGGAACUACAUCCACUGCGUCUUCGGAAUCCGGUUUGAUGAUUAUGAUUACGGAGAUGUGAAUCAUCUGCUGGAGCGCAGUCUGAAGGUGUACAUUAAAACAGUGGCGUGCUACCCUGAGAAGACGAGCUGCAUGAUGUACCAUGCAUUCUGGAGACACUUCCGACACUCGGAGAAGGUCCAUGUGAACAUACUGCUCCUGGAAGCAAGAAUGCAGGCAGCCUUGCUGUACGCGCUGCGAGCGAUCACACGCUACAUGACAUGACACACGCCUCCCCUCCCUGCACAGUGAUCACACGCUACAUGACACACCCCCACCCUCCCUGCAGAGUGAUCACAUGCUCCAUGACAUGACACAGAAGCCUUCGACAAGAAGCCUUCCUCUGUGCCUUCUUGUCAACCUGUCUGUCAUUUACUCGAGUUCCAUGUAGUGUUUUUAAAUGUUCCUCAGCAGGUUAGUGUUUUGAAUGUGUUGCUAGCUCUCUGAAUGUGAACGCACUAUAGGACAGCCUGCAUGUUUGGAAGGGAUGUGACGCGUGUCGCUGUGCAGGCUCUUCUGUCUAAGAGGGUUGCACCCUCACUGAAUAGAGCAGCAUUUCGAAGGUUGGAAAUACUUAAACGUAAGAAAAACCCAAAAGAAACGUAAGAAAAACGCAACAGCCCUUGUUUAAAGAGGCUGCCCCCUCACCGAGUUCAGUACAGCAGUCCUGAGCCCAACUGUUCACUCCCUAUAAGCACUAAAUACAGCACAGGCUGCAGGAGCUCCAGUCAGGUUCAGCUCAUUGCAGCCUUCACGAUGAUCCAGCUGCAGUGGCUCUCCUGUCUCAGUCUGUGCGCUGUGGAGUGGGGGAGAAGCAGGGCUCUGUGUGCAAGUGAUUAUUCAUACUGCUGUUCAGUUUCCUGUCUGUGCACGCUCAGGAAUCUGUUUGAAGCUGCAAAGAGGUUGAAUCACUAGCUCUGCAGUGAAUUGUUUGCUAUGUUUCUCUGUGGAGCAGUAGUGGGUGCAGCUGGAUUAGGAUACUGUUUAAUAGCAGGAAGUCCAGCUAUUAAAUUCAUGGUGUGUAGGAGUUUGAACAGCUGUCAGCAGGGUGAGGGAGACGUCUUGGACGCACACGUCUCCUUCCUCUUGUUAGUUUAUGUCUCCACCAUAGUAUUGUUCAC